UCCGCGACGCCGACGCGGUGAGAUGACGCCCUCCCGGAAGUGACCUCUAGAGCGGUGGUGAAACUGGCAGUUGACGGCUCCUGGGACUAGAUCCCGUGAGGUAGCCCCCGAACUAUUUCUCUACGUUUUCUCUUGAUCCUCCCGAAAUCUUCCAGAUCCGCGUAGUGAGGAAUCGUCUCCACCGUCAUGGGGGGCGGAGACUUGAAUCUGAAGAAGAGCUGGCACCCGCAGACCCUCAGGAAUGUGGAGAAAGUGUGGAAGGCCGAGCAGAAGCAUGAGGCUGAGCGGAAGAAGAUUGAGGAGCUUCAGCGGGAGCUGCGAGAAGAGAGAGCCCGGGAAGAGAUGCAGCGCUAUGCAGAGGAUGUUGGGGCUGUCAAGAAAAAAGAAGAAAAGUUGGACUGGAUGUACCAGGGUCCUGGUGGGAUGGUGAACCGUGAUGAGUACCUGCUGGGGCGCCCCAUUGACAAAUAUGUUUUUGAGAAGAUGGAGGAGAAGGAGGCAGGCUGCUCUUCUGAAACAGGACUUCUCCCAGGUUCUAUCUUUGCCCCAUCAGGUGCCAAUUCCCUUCUUGACAUGGCCAGCAAGAUCCGGGAGGACCCACUCUUCAUCAUCAGGAAGAAGGAGGAGGAGAAAAAACGAGAGGUAUUAAAUAAUCCAGUGAAAAUGAAGAAAAUCAAAGAAUUGUUGCAAAUGAGUCUGGAAAAAAAGGAGAAGAAGAAAAAGAAGGAGAAGAAAAAGAAGCACAAGAAACAUAAGCACAGAAGCUCGAGUAGUGAUCGUUCCAGCAGCGAGGAUGAGCACAGUGCAGGGAGAUCUCAGAAGAAGGUGGCAAAUUCCUCCCCUGUUUUGUCCAAAGUCCCUGGAUAUGGCUUACAGGUCAGGAACUCUGACCGUAACCAGGGUCUUCAGGGUCCUCUGACAGCAGAGCAAAAGAGAGGGCAUGGGAUGAAGAACCAUUCCAGAUCCAGAAGCUCCUCCCACUCACCCCCCAGACAUGCCAGCAAGAAGAGCACCAGGGAAGCAGGGUCCCGGGACAGGAGGUCUCGAUCCCUGGGCAGAAGGUCACGGUCCCCAAGACCCAGCAAACUGCACAACUCUAAGGUGAACAGGAGAGAGACAGGCCAAACUAGGAGCCCAUCACCUAAAAAAGAGGUCUACCAAAGGCGACAUGCUCCCGGAUACACCAGAAAACUGUCUGCAGAGGAAUUAGAGCGAAAACGGCAAGAGAUGAUGGAAAACGCCAAAUGGAGGGAGGAGGAGAGACUGAACAUCCUCAAGAGGCAUGCUAAGGAUGAGGAACGGGAGCAGAGGCUAGAGAAGCUGGACUCCCGGGAUGGGAAGUUCAUCCACCGCAUGAAGCUGGAGAGUGCAUCUACUUCCUCCCUGGAGGAUCGGGUGAAGCGGAAUAUCUACUCUUUACAGAGAACUUCGGUAGCUCUGGAGAAGAACUUUAUGAAAAGAUGAAAACUGUCCCCUCUCUUAUUGGUUUUCCUGCAUUUUCCAGGGAAGCUGCUGACCCCUUAAUUCUCUUUAUAAGAGUUCAAAUGACUUCUUUCACCGAUGUCAAACCACCAGUGUUCAAAGUGACCCUGCUUCAUCGAGUCCUGAAACAGCUCACUUCGAGAGCUAGUGUGACUUGCUUUGUGGGACACUCAGUAACUUUGGGUUUUAACUCUUUAACGGGUGGGCACUGGACCAUCUCGGUGGGAGUGCUUGUGCCACUCUGGAAGGCUGUUCCCUGGGGUUGUGAUGUUUAUCAUGCCACUUCCUUCUUACCUGUGCCAACAGACCUAUUUCACUGCCUCAGUGUACACCAGACCCUUCAGAAACCUCUCUGGUGUCACCCAGAUAGAUUGUGCUUACUGAGACAAAUGAACGUUUACUUGAUUUAGAAGAUAAUGUGACAGAAUGAUGUCAGGUUAGGUCAAAGCCAAGGGAGUGACAGAAUCUGGAAAAUCAAACAAUACAAAAAGCCCUAAAUGAACUGUUAACUAUUUGAUCUUUGGAUGUAAAAGUGUAAUGCGCAUAUGUACAAAUGUACAAUUUUUACAUGCUUUUAAAAAAGGUUAGCUUUGUGAAAAUACCUUGUUUGGUCAAUGACUUUACUGGGUAAUAGAACCACAUUGAACCUUGAUGGCAAGUAAUACAAUAAGGCAGGCCAGCUCGUUUUUCUCUCUGAAUCUGGCUGGUUUAGGAGGAGCCUGGGUUUAUCGACGAGAUCUGGAGUAUCUAUUCUUUUCCACUGCUUGCAGUCUCCAAUGUAGGCAGUGUAAAGGUAUAGUAAAAUGAUUUUAGGAGUCAGAACCAAAUUGCCAAUAUGCUCCAUGGCUCCUAAAGGAAAAUAAAAUGGAAGUUUUUA